AAUAAUGUAUCGAGAAUGACAUUGAGUACAGCAACAGAAUUUUGGUUUUGUUUCAGGGACCUUGUUUAUCGUUAGAUUUUACAAGUAGAGAAACGAUACAGACGCAUAAAUCCCUUUUUAUGACUAUGUGCAGCAAUAUUUCAAAUAAGCUUAAGACGUAAUUUUUGAAAUGGAAUCUCUGUUUUUGACUCGCAUGAGGAGUAAACAAUAUUGACCGGAUGUUUACAUAAUUUUUUCAACUUUCAUUUUAUCCAGACAGUAUUAAACACAACCAUCAUGUUGGGAAUAGUAGGAAACACCUCCAUGUCUAACAGUACAACCCCGAGUAAAGACUUCAUAAUGGCUGGCUGCUUGAUUAAUUUUAACACAGUGGCAUGCAUAAGGAGCUCCAUUUUGACUUUCCUAGCAGUUGUUACGGGGAUAGUGUGUAUAUUUAAGGUGGUGCGACUCCACUUGAUGCACCACCCAGCAUGGCACCAGUAUGUGAUCUUCUACACCGCUUCACUGGAAUGCACCAUUGCUGGAGUACACUGGGUUUUGGUCCAGUAUGCCCAGAUGGACUUUGUCCUACAGUACCUGAAGUUGAUCCAGUUCCUUGUCAUGUGUCACUUUUACUGGACACUGGCCACUAGAGCUCUUAGGAGAGAAAGACUCACGAAAUGGUUUUUGAUUCCGUUCCUGAUUUUGGUGUGUGUUUACUUCACCGUCAUAGCCACACUGGGAAUAGUCAAUGUAGAACCUGCCAUCACAGAAUGCUUACAGCCCUACUGGUUGGAGUUGUCAGGGGCAGAGUUUGCCACUGUCCAGUUAUUUAUGGUCGCUGGUUUUUACAUCACUCGCCGCCUUAAUGAGAUAAGCACCCUCGAUUCCGUCAGGUGGUCACAGAAGAGAGACCUCUGGUGCAUCAUCAUUGUUUUUGAAAUUUCAGCCUUCAUUGGAUUCAUGUAUGAUCUAACACUUCAGAUAAUUGGAAAUGAAUCAAAUGGAUGUGGAAACAUAUUUGGUGGCAAAGAAGAGCUCUUUUCAUCUGUUUUUCUGGUAUUCAUGGUUCUCAAACUUUUGCUGCCUAUCUGGGUUAUGUUGUUUGUGUUUCAAGCCACCCCGGUUGUAAAUGAACCUGAUGAUUUGGUACCAGCUCUCAGUGAUGACGGGAAUUCCUUGUUUGGGAGUAUAGACGACCAUCAGUAUCGACAGCUGUACCACCCAACUGAGGAUUAUAACAGCUUCAGGGAUAACUCCCCCUCCCCAAAUCGCCCCUCUGUCAACAUUACAAAGAGCAGCUCCUCCAAUCUAGACCCGAUCCGGGAGGAAGGGUCGUCUGGCUCGGACCAAAACAGGACAGCCACCAGAGGGCGGGGUCAGCCACAACGAGGCCCCGAGGCCAUCGCUGCCACCCGUCCGCCCGCGGAGGAUGAGAGAGAAACGCCUCCUAGUCAGAGAGGAAAGUUCUAUAUAUAGGACAAGGUCUACAUCAUUGAUACUGGCAUAUAUUAUCACGAACUGUUAAUUUUGUUGAGAUGUGAGAAGUCUUUAAAGCUAUGUUGCAAUAUUGAACAUUGUUCGGUUUUAUAUUUUACUUUAUUUGUUGUGAGAUAGACUAGGAUGAAAGAAUGAUUGUCUUUAGUGAAAGGACAUUUGAAUUUUUAAGAUCUGUAAAUUUUGUACAUGUCUAUGAACUGGUUAAGAAAUGUUUGAUAUAGUUAAUGCUACACCUUUGGAAGAGUUAAUUGUUGUGUAAUUUUGCACUGUGUCAUUAGAUGUAUAUAUAUACAUGUAUUAAAUCAUAUAAAUGUACAGCUAAGUUCAAGUCAAGGCAGUUUAUAAUUAUGCAGUAAUUAUGUAUAAUAAUGUACUUUUUAAUAGAAUAAUAAGGUUGUCUCUUGUGUGUGUUUGUAUAAUUCUUUUUUUUUUUUUUUUUUUUUUUUGGAAUACUGGGCAUAAGGAAGAUAAAUUAAAAAGAACUUGAUGAGAUCUUUUCGAAAAUUGACAUUAUGAGGGAUCUAGAAAAAUUGCUGUUGAAGUUAAAAUCUAAGAUUACAUUAUACAAUUUUAAGUUCCUUAUUAUUCUAGCUGUUUUCACAGCACACAUUCAGGAUUAUAUACAUUGUAUAUUAAUUUUUUGUUGAAGAUUUAAUGAUAUUUGUACUUUCUUCUAACGCUAGUCUCAUUCUAUAAUGUUAGUAAUUACUGUUCUGUUACACAUAUAUAAAUAACCCGCUUCCAAUACAUAUCUGUUAAUUACAUAAGAAAGACAGAAAUGGUUAUUUUUAAUCUUUCUUGUUUUUUUUUAUUGUAAUAGCAUUCAGUGAAUGUCAUUUGUUCAAUUUUGUAAAAUGCUUUAUACAGAAAUAAAUUUUGGAGGAUAAUACAUUUUUUGGAUAUUCAAACAUUUUUCCUUUGCCAUUUAUUUACACAGAAAAUAUACAAUUUAUUCAAGUGCUGCUUUCUUUGUGCUAAGCGGAAUACAUUUAAACUAUUAUAUCAACUUUUUAUAGAUGUAUUUCAUUUGGAUUCAUUUUAUUUUCUUGACCAUUUUUCGUAGGAAUUACAGUGUAUGUGUAUCUGUAUAUAAUUAUUGUUAAAUGUGUUUAUUGAACUGUAUAAUUUAUGUUUGCUUGUGUUAAAAAUUGAUUUUAUGAAUGCAUGUUUUUGAAAUUGCUUCUCUCUCAUUUUGGGAAUGUUUAAUAUAUAUCAAAAGAAGUAUUGUCCUGGUUGAUUGUUUAAAAUAAAAAAAAAAUUAAAACUCUAUGUUUGGGAAAAAGUAGAAGAAUAGGCAUAGGUUAACUUGAGAUAGUGGUAAAGAUAAUGUAUGUGACAGCAGAGAAGUGAUUGUCUCCCUUUUUUAAUAUGUAGCCAGUCCCAAAACUUCUGUGUUGACUUCUGUAUGUCAUUAUAAAACUCGUUUUAAGUAUUCUGACUUUAUAUGUUUUUUUUUUCUUUCCUUUUUUUUUUAAUGAAAUUUUAAAAAAUUAAAGUUUCUAAGAUGUUAGAAGUGUUAGAAUUUCUUGUUUCAGACAUGUAUACUUGAAAAGUACUUUUGCAUUGUAUUACCUGUUUUAGAAGAUGUGCCUUUUUGUUUUUAUUUUUAUGUUAUAUUUUGUGAAAUGGCUCUUUUUUUCAGGUGUCUGUUAAAAAAAUUCCUAUUUAUUGUCUUCAAAAAUGUGUCAUUAACACAUGUAGAAUAAGCUUCAAAGUUCCAGGAAUUAAAUGUGAAUUUGGGUUUAUUUUCUCAUCACUUUAGAAGGUUUUUUUGUGCAAUUUAAGUAAAUUUUACACAGUCACUACUGUAUAUUGAUCUAAUUUGUUUUUACAUAAAAUGAAUUGCUUUAAUGUUAAUUUAUUAUUUUAGAUUUCUUUUUAAAUCAUUGUUACAGUUUUGGUUACCUCAACAGCAAGUGAAUAUAUUGUGUAUGAAGUAAUAAAUUAAAAUGAUAUACAUGUUCUUAUAGCAAAAGUAUUUUGUUAUGGAUUUUAAUUUUUUUUUUUUUUUUUUUUUGGUCUUUUUUGGUGAAAACAGAGAUGCGAAGUAAAGAUAUGCUUUAUAUCUAUGGAAUUGAGCACAGUGUGUUAGUUAAUAAAGAAAUUUACACAAAA